UUGGGAAUACAUAUUCUCCACUAAAUCGAGUUGCACCUAGCUCGAUCUUGAGCACCUGUUUGUUCAUUCAUUAAUGCAGCAAGUUUAAUUCCUUCGCAAUAAUGUCUUUAUAGUGUGGGACCCAGACCCAUUCGCAAAUGCAGUCAAAAUGCAUGAGCUCCUUUCAUUCACUGAGACUGUGCCACUCUCACUAAAUCACACACACACUUACCUUCAAGUUUGUAGCAUUGCCACCCCCAUCCCUCUCUCCAUUCACGCCAUUCUUCUUCUUUCUCAAUUCUUUGAAUGGCCACACCACAUUAUUGUUACACUUUCCUUCUGGUGUCUCACCUUUUUCUCCUUUCAGCCCAAUCUCUGGAUCCCACUGAUUUCAAAGCCCUUCUCUCAAUCAAGAAUACUCUCACCGACGUCUCUCCCACCACGCCUUUCUUCUCCACCUGGAACCUCACCGCACCAGAUCCCUGCUCCUCCUUCUCUGGCGUUACCUGCUCCUUCAACCGAGUUACCAUACUUUCACUCGGCGCCAACUCACUCAGCCUCGCCGGCUCACUCCCACCAUCCAUCUCCGUUCUCACCGAGUUGACCCAGCUCAUCCUCUCACCUGGAAUCGUCACCGGUUCUAUUCCCCAGGAACUCGGUCAACUCAACAAACUCCGAGUCAUCUCCUUAUCCAACAACCGCUUCACAGGGGCCAUACCCUCAAUCUUCUCCUCUCUCAAAACCCUCCACACCCUCGACCUGAGUAAUAACCAACUCGCCGGGUCUGUCCCACCGAGUCUCACCGAGUUGCCGCAACUCAGAGUCCUCAUCCUAGCCUCCAACUCACUAACCGGCGACUUCCCGCAAACCGUUUCCUCGCCAUUACUCCAUUUGGAUCUGAAGAACAACAAACUCACCGGGACGUUACCGCCGUGGAUGCCGUCAUCACUGCGUUACUUAUCCGUUUCGCAAAACGAAAUGUGGGGUCCACUCAGCAACGGCUUGGACUCACUCUCAGAGUUGGAGUUUCUAGACCUGAGCAUGAAUCAUUUCAGUGGGCCCAUCCCGGCCCAACUCUUCUACUUGCCAACGCUCUCCUCUCUCUUCCUACAACGGAACAAUCUCUCCGGUGAGCUUCCGCAAAGUCCCGGUGAUAACGGUCCGUUGAUCUGGUCCCCAUCGUACGGUGAAGGAUCGACCGUUGAUCUCAGCCAUAACUCACUCAGCGGGAAACUAUCAACGGUUUUCGAUGGCGUGGAAAGCUUGUUCUUGAAUAACAACCGAUUUAUUGGGACGGUCCCUGAGGUGUAUGUUAAGAGCAUGUGCCGCGGUAGCACCAGAACAUUGUACCUUCAGCAUAACUACCUAACGGGGAUACCGUUUGAAGAGGGGACUGUAUUGCCCGAUACGGCGUCGUUGUGCUUGUCUUACAAUUGCAUGGUGCCGCCGGCUAGCCUGAUGACGUGUCCGGCUAGUGCUGGGGAGCAAUUGUCCAGGCCGGUGGCCCAGUGUUCCCUCUUUAACAAGAGAUUAAAUUAGUUUCCUUUUCAAUUUAUAUUUUUAUAUUUAUUUAUUUUUUUAUAAAUUAAAUUAUUGAUAAUGUAUACUAUGUAUUUUACGGUUUGGCCCAAUACUGCCGUAAAUUCUCUUUUAUUUUCUUUUCCUUUCAUUUAUUGAAGGGUCUCUUUCGUUUUAACGAGCCAUGUAUAUUUUGUUAUUAUAAGUUCCAAAUUAAUUGAGGUUGGUAA